GGAGGCAGCAGCUUCUCUGGAGGCAGCAGCUCCCCUGGGUGAUUGUGGCCAGUGGUCAUUAGAGCACUGCCACAAUGUUAAGGAAGGAGGAAGUGAAUGCUCACAGCCAGCCCCGUGAGGGGCAGCCACUGCUGUACCGGCGGCGGCAGCAACAGGUGACCCCCAGGCAGCCACAGGCAGCACCUCAGGUCACCUGGACAACCAUCACACCCAUCCCUGGGGACAGGCCCACUCUGUUCCCCAGAACCAUCCCGUCAUGGAGCCCCACCAGGUCCCGCACACGCAGGGGCAACCAGGGGGGCGGGCGCUCCGUGCCCCGCAGCAGUGUCACAGGGCCACGGAGAUUGUCCGUGUCGGACUUGCCGCCUCUCCACGGCCCUCAGUUGACACUGGCCCCUCCACAGCAGCUCAGUGCUCAAAGCUCAAGGGCAUCCACUGACUGCGUUAAGCUGCCCCCUCUGCCAGCAGCAGCAGCAGCCUCUGGAUCCUCUCCCAGAGGCACAGCACGUGCUGUGGGCCCCAUGUCCUGGGGCCAGCGAAAGCAUGUGCCACCUCCUCCAUGGGGCACUCUGGCUUCAGGCAGAGCCCAGGGAACACUUUCCCUGGGGAGCAGAACUGGAGGGCUCUGGAAUGGGUCAGCAGCAAGGCAGGGCCACCGCCUGCCACCCGUGACACCUGCACGCGGCGCGCCGCUCCGCACCGGGGUGCAGCCGGCUUGGAAGCCUGUGUGGCGCUCUGUGAAAACCCACAGCCCUGUGUCACUUCUGUAA